AUGGAGAAGAACGUGGCAAUGUCAUUAAUUAUUCCAGCAGUUCCUGCCACAGAGCGGCUACCUAGGGUGGUCAGUAAAACCAAGCCCUCUAGAGAAGAAGAGAAGCAGAGAGAAAUUCUAGAGAAUACUGGACAAAUGAGCCUUGCUGUCACCAAGUGCACCGGGGAGACACAGCCCAAUUUGGCUGAAGUAAUUAGUCAUCAGUACGUGGGGACACUAAAUCAAAAGAAACUGCACUUUUUGGGCUACCCCACUAAUCAGGACUUGGACUAUGAUGCAUUGGUACCAUUGUUGCAAUUUCACCUAAACAAUGCUGGGGAUCCUUUUAGAGGGAGCAGUUUUGGUCUAAAUUCAACAGAAUUUGAAGUUUGCGUGCUUGAUUGGUUUGCUAACCUGUGGGAGAUAGAGAAGGGUGAGUAUUGGGGAUACGUCACAACUGGUGGGACUGAAGGAAAUCUUCAUGGAAUUUUACUGGGGAGGGAAAAAUUUCCAGAUGGGAUUCUAUAUACCUCACAGGAUUCCCAUUAUUCAAUAUUCAAAAUAGCAAGAAUGUAUAGAAUGCAAUGCGUGAAGGUUGGCACCUUGGUCUCGGGUGAGAUCGAUUGUGUUCAUCUAAAGGCUUUACUUCUUGCUCACAAGGACAAACCAGCCAUCAUCAAUCUAAACAUAGGAACAACUAUGAAAGGAGCUGUUGAUGACGUUGAUCUCGUAUUACAAACACUUGAGGAAAGUGGCUUCCCUCGUGAACGAUUCUAUAUUCAUUGUGAUGGAGCUCUAAUCGGAAUGAUGCUGCCCUUUCUUAAACAAGCUCCCAGGACUACCUUCAAGAAGCCUAUCGGAAGUAUAACCAUUUCUGGCCAUAAGUUUUUGGGAUGCCCAAUUCCUUGUGGUGUUGUAAUGACUCGUUUAGAACACACCAAUGUCCUAUUCAGAGAUGUUGAAGUGAUCGCUUCUAGGGAUGCCACAAUCACAGGUAGCAGAAGUGGGCAUGCUCCAAUCUUCAUAUGGUAUGCUCUUAAAAAAAGAGGUUUAUUAGGACUCCAGAAUGAAGUGCAGAAGUGCAUGAUGAAUGCACGUUACUUAGUGGAUCAACUUCGUGAUGCUGGAAUUGGUACAAUGUUGAAUGAGUUUAGCAGUACGGUUGUCUUUGAGAGGCCUUUAGAUGAUGACUUUGCCCGUAAGUGGAAUUUAGCAUGCAAUGGAAAUAUUGCACAUGUGGUGGUGAUGCAGCACGUUACUAUUGAAAUGUUGGACUCCUUUGUUAGUGAAUUUAUUCAAAAACGAUCCAUUUGGUUCCAAGAUGGACUGAGAAAGCCUCUAUGCCUUGCAGACGACAUUGGUGCUGGAAAUUGUUCUUGUAUAUUGCAUAAUCAGUGGCGGAGGCAUGUAUGA